CCCGCCCGCCUCGGAGCACCCGCGUCGCCUCCGCGCCGGGACCGCGGGUAGAGCCGCUUGGGGCGGCCGCCACCCGCCGGCCCCGCGCCCAUGUGCUCCCGGCAGCCGCGGCGGGCAGCCUCCACGCCCGGCAUGUCCGGACCUUUGACUUCAUGAUGGGAGGAAAUAUUCCCCUGGCUCUUAGGAUCCAAGUUUCUUCCAGUGUGAGGAUUUGUCAAGGCUGAGAGAUUCCAGACUAUCCAUAAAGCUUCUCUAAAAUACACAGUCACUUUUGUGUCUUCCCAUCGUGAGGGGUCUUGGAGCAGAUACAAAGAUGGCCUCCAGCCUCACCUGUGCCGGCGUCGUCUGGGCGUUCCUCUCCUUCCUCUGCGCUGCCACCUCCUGUGUUGGCUUCUUCAUGCCCUACUGGCUCUUGGGGUCUCAGCUGGAGAAGUCUGUUUCCUUCGGCACUUUCCGGAGGUGUUCCUACCCGGUGCGGGAUGAGAGCCGCCAGAUGACCGUGAUGGUGGAGCAGUGUGGCCGCUACGCCUCCUUCCAGGCCAUCCCGAGCGCCGAGUGGAGGAUCUGCACGGUGGUGACGGGCCUGGGCUGCGGGCUGCUUCUCUUGGUGGCCCUGACAGCGCUCAUGGGCUGCUGUGUGUCCGAGCUCAUCUCCAGGACUGUGGGCAGGGUGGCAGGAGGAAUCCAGUUCCUGGGGGGUUUGUUGAUUGGCUCUGGUUGCGCCCUCUAUCCUCUUGGCUGGGACAGUGAAGAAGUCAGACAAACCUGUGGUAACCUUUCCAACCAGUUUGAAUUGGAAAAACAGAUGGAAAAGGAAUGUUUCAUCAGGAAAUUCAUUAAACUGAGGGACUCUGCAUUAAGGUGAGAGUAUGCACAAAAGUGAAGACUGCACUAUGCAUUUGCAAAAGCUUCCACAUUCUGCAUAUCUGAGCUGUGUAAAGAAAUCUUCUGAACUUGCAUGCCUGUUUUAAAGCAGCAACGUGAGUGUACAUGUGUGAACACAUUUGUGUUGGUUUUAAAAGUCUAAAAUCAAUGUGAGACUUCAUUUUUGUCCAUUGAUUUCCCUGGAUGUGCAUGUGCAAACAGCUCUGUUUUCCAUGCUGAUUUCUGGUACGAUGGGUGCAGAGGCAGCCAAGUUCCACAGAAGGUCUCAGAGAGGUCAGGGCAUACUCCAUGUAAUUUAUAAAACUGAUCCCCAGCUGGCAUCUCGUGAAACAGCACUACGAGACCAAUACCUAAGAGCCCAAACAGCAAAAUGUUUAUCUAGAAUAAGAUUCACUUCUUGAAACAUAGAUGAUUCAUGUCAUCACGAGCCACCAGCCAUUCCCCAGCCACCAGAUGUAUGAAGUGAUACUAAGUACUUAUUAGCCAGGAAGAGUGAAGACACAAAAUUUAAGAUAAACUCCAUUUUUAACAGAACUUUUUUUGAACUACUUGGCAGAUUUUUUUUCUUUCUUUGACAAAAUACAGUAGCUCUAUCUCAUCCUUCACAGUCAGAUACCACGACCUGGAGGUCCAGCUGCAGCAGUAACCAAAGCAGAUAGCUCCAAACACACACCUUUGCUGUCUGUGGCAGCCCAUCUGUCUGUGGACUGCUGUAAAAGGGCACAGCUCACCAAAGUUACUGUCUAGAGAAAAGCUGAAAAGUCUGACUCCCAUCCUGAACUAAACAAGAGCUGGAUUGGCCUCAAAAGCUCUUAGGAACUUCCCUCAUGAUGGAUAUUUGUUUCAAAAAUCUUUAUUACUAAGGUUCCCCUUUGCCACUUUUAGAGGGCUUGAAAUAUCUUAAAGAAAACUUACUUUUGCUAUGGAAAUCUUAGAGUAAAUGAACUUUAAAGCACUUUGCAAGCAAACAGUGAAGUUACUAAAACAGCCUAAAAAGAAAGCAGAAAGCAGAAAGCAGAGUGGAUGUAAAAAAGGCUUCGUCAACUAUUUAAUUUGUCUCAGGUGGCAUCAUUUCAGCAUCUGGCUGAAAUGGCUGAGGAUUGACAUUGAGUGCCAAAGAAUCAAGAAAAGGAUUUAGAAGGGAGGACAAUUUGUUAGAAUCCUAUUAAAGGCAAAACAUUAAAAGGUGUUUUUCUAUAAGCAAUCUAUCUGAAAAGGGCAUUUUUCUUGUUUGCAGAUCCUCUGCAAACAGCACAGAGAUUUCACACAUUCAUUUUUUGACUGGGGCUGAGCACAACCUUUACAAGCAUACUUGAGCUGCAGCUGCUACGUUCUUAGAUAAAUGACUGAGUAAACUACAUGCCAGUAAAGGAAGUAUUCCAUCAAGAAACAUUUCUUCUUUAGUGCUACCCAAUCAUGUUCCAUUCUUAAAUCUUUGUAAGUUUUUGGUGACAAUAUCAAGGUCCACAUAUAUUCUGUCUAACAUAAGGAAA